AUGUCAUCAUCUGAGAAGAUUAUGGAUUCAGAGCCAGCUAAACUUCAUGCGAUCUCAUCUGUCAUUGUCUCUAUCAUUGUUACCGUCGGGGUGAUCGUUGCUACAGCUAUCCUAGCCGGGGGUGACUACGGAAGAGGCUCGAACUCGUGCAUGAUCACGGAUGGAGGGGCAAGUACCAAAGCUAUGACUUCUAGCAAGGCUAAAGAUGUGAUGAUCAUGAAGGGUGAUGAAGAGAUUGGUAUGCAGACAACAUGGUAUGACUACAGCUCAAACACUUUACAGGCUGAGACACCAUCGGGAACAUCCGGGGAUUUCCUCAAUUCAACCAUUGUCAUUGAUUACAACAGGGAAAUGAUUUUUAUCAGUAUCCCUGAUCGACACUCAUGCUAUGCAUCUUCUCUGAGUGGGGAUAUGAAAGAAAUGUCAGAUCGAUCAAUUGAAUUUUUGGGACGUGAACAGGAUCAUGAACAGGCAAUCGACAUAACAAUGCACCGAGAUAUUGACAUGAACUAUAGAACGGUUGGCCUGAUUCCUGCUGGAUACGUAAGCAAAGCCAACGGACCAAUCAUACGCGCUCUUUGUAUGGGGGCUGACUCCUAUUGGACGAAACCGAGAAUAACGUCAAGCGAGAUUCGUCGUCGGGGAAUCGGAAUUUCUACCCGUAUUUGUGUUUUCUUUAUCUGCUUCAAUUUGAGUUUCUAAUUUCUUUCUUUAAUUUCCUUUGGAGAAAUUUAAACGUAAAUAAAAGAAGGAAGAAAAUGGGAGAGGGGCCGGCGGGGGAGGGGGUCAGGAAUUGGAAAUUAGAAAACUGUAAUGCAAUACCACAAACGGUCCUACACAGACCUACAUAAAAUAAUUAUGCUGUAUGCAGUAUUGAUACCAACGUCUGCACAUAUUUACAAACUUAAUUUACUGUAAACUAUUGGAUAAUGUUAAUUUAGCAAGUGCAAAGUUACGUUUAUAU